AUGUGGGACGAUUGCUAUGAACGUAAGUCUCUGUUGACCCCUGCAUCCGCCUCUAAGCUUUGUCUGUCCAUUUCUAAUGUCAUCACAAACUGGCUCAAAUCUCUCCCUCAAGAAAUCAUACCCAACAUCCUAAUCAGACUACCCAUUAAAUCCCUCAUCAAAUUCACCUCUGUCUCCAAAUCCUGGAACGCCACCAUCAAAAACCCAACCUUCAUCCGCACCCACCUCACCCACAAGCUCAAUCUCAAUGACCAAAGUGCCCCUCACCUCCUUCUCCUCCACUCUGUUCACAGUGAAGGCCUUUCCUUCCCUCUCGGAGUUCGUCACAUUACAGGGUUUAAACAAGACCCUUACUCCUUGCAUUUCGAUAACAAUGAUGUCAGUCUCUUCUCCGAGGUUGAGUUUCCAGCUGGUCUUAAGAAGGAAAUGAUCAACCCCUGUUUUCGUGUUGUGGGUACUUGUGAUGGGCUUGUUUUCCUUGCUGAUGAUUUGGGUCGUUAUUGUUACAAUUUUGUGUUGUGGAAUCCUUGUGUGAGGAAGUAUGUGAUGCUUCCUAAGCCUAGUGUUAGGUUUUCGACACACGGUGGGUAUGAGGUUUGUCUUGGUCUUGGUUAUGAUGCUCUUGGGAAGGACUAUAAGGUUGUGCGACUUACCACGCUUUUGGAGCAACGGAGCGUGUUUGGGGGUAGAUGUCAGACUCUAGCUCAGGUUUAUUCACUAGCCAACGGAUCUUGGGGCCGGCUUCGUUCUGAUGUUCCUCCUUGUGGAGUGGUGAACGACUUGGGUCAGACUUUUGUUAAUGGGGCAGUUCAUUGGCUGGCUGUUCAUUUGGAGGGUGAUGAUGUUAACUAUUUUGUUCUGGCAUUUGAUGUGGGCAGUGAGUCAUUUCGGGAGGUAAUGUUGCCCAAGACAUUCAAAAUGGAUAGUGCAGUGGAAUUGAGGUUGUCUGUUUCAGGAGAUAAAAAGUCCAUUGGUCUGUUCGUGAGGUGUAAGAGUGAGACCGAUUGCUUUCUUGAUAUCUGGGUGAUGAGAGAGUAUUGUGUGGAGAAGUCGUGGACCAAAUUGAUGAUUCUCACUCCACAAGGUCCGAAAAGAAGUUUGCCGGAGGCAUUGUUAUUUAGGAGGAAUGGUGAAGUGGUGUUGGUACUUGAAGAUAGCCGUGAGUUGGUUUCACUUGAACUUGUCAGCAAACAGUUUAAAAGUCUUGGGAUUUCUGGAGGUCAGGUUUGCUCUGUUGAUUGGUAUGAAGAGAGCCUUGUCUUGCUUGACAGGAAAGAUGCAACUUCUUACUGA